AUGUCUUUCUCUUCAAAUCAAAGGAAGAAGAAAUAUUUUGGACAUACAACAUAUCAACUCACAGCCAAUGGGUGAAAGCAGAUGUGUUAAUACCAGAAGAUCUGAAGACAUUUAAGAUUAUUUUUGAAGGGACUCUUUAGAGCCAGAGAAGUUUUAUUGCCCUUGAUCACCUCUGGGUCUAUGCCUGUGGACAGACCCAAUCCAGAAAGCUUUGCUCUGAAGAUGAAUUCCCUUGCACUAGUGGCCAGUGCGUCGCCAAAGAAUCUGUCUGUGACUCUCGGCAGGACUGCUCCGAUGAGAGUGAUGAAGACCCAGCAACUUGCUCAGACUCCAUGGACCAGAGCAUCAGCAUUACCUGGGAACUUAGUGGAAAUGCAGAACCUCAGGCCCUGGCCCAGCCUUACGGAACCAAAAGCUACAUGGAACAAGGUCCCAGCAAAGCAUCUCGCCUGUGACUUUGAGUCGGGUUUCUGCGGUUGGGAGCCAUUUCUCACAGAAGAUUCACACUGGAAGCUGAUGAAAGGAUUGAAUAAUGGAGAGCACCACUUUCCUGCAGCUGAUCACACAGCAAACAUAAAUCAUGGAUCGUUUAUUUAUUUGGAGGCACAGCGCCCCCCCGGGGUGGCCAAGCUUGGAAGUCCUGUUCUUACAAAAUUGCUCACUGCCUCUACCCCAUGUCAGGUGCAGUUUUGGUAUCAUUUGUCUCAACAUUCAAAUCUCUCAGUUUUUACAAGAACGUCUCUAGAUGGAAACUUGCAAAAGCAAGGCAAAAUAAUCAGAUUCUCCGAAUCUCAGUGGAGCCACGCAAAAAUUGAUCUCAUUGCAGAAGCGGGAGAAUCUACUCUACCUUUUCAGUUAAUUUUGGAAGCUACUGUUUUGUCAUCAAAUGCUACCGUUGCUCUAGAUGACAUCAGUGUGUCCCAGGAAUGUGAAAUUUCCUAUAAAUCACUACCAAGGACCAGUACACAAAGCAAGUGAGCUGAAUGGACUAAUCAAGAAAAAUUUGGGUCACAUGAUUCUGGAUUGAGACGAUUAAAGAACUUUUAAUUAAA